AUGGCGAUCGAUAACUCGUUGGACUAUGGCAGGAGACUCAUACCGCAGAUUCUAGAUCGACUGGCUGCUCUGGAUCCAGAUCGUCUUGUAUACUCAGUCGCAGCAUUCCCGGACGGUUCUCCCCAGUUCCGGCAUAUCUCUGCACGCGAUUUUGCAAAGGCCGUGGACAAGACAGCAUGGUGGCUUCACGAUCAAGUCGGGACAAAACAUGGACUCUCAAACGGAGGAGGCAACGAAACCCCAAACGGCCAUACUCAGGAACCACCAAAAAUCCAACCCUUGGCUUACAUCGGACCGCAUGAUCUGCGCUAUGUUCUGUUAACUUACGGUGCCGUCAAGGCUGGGUGUGCUGCCCUUUUUCUUUCCCCGAAGAACAACGUGGCGGGUGCAUUGGCCGUUCUCAAUGCGGCAGGUUGUGAUACCUGGGUUAAACCGCACGAGCAGCCGAUGCUUCCUUUAGUGAAGGAUCUCCUACAGCAGAAACCCAUGAAAGUUCUAGAGCUACCAGGAGUUGACGAACUCCUCGACGCCGAGUCUACAAAGCCUUAUAUCUAUGACAAGACAUUCGAAAGCGCAAUUAACGAACCGUUCUGCAUUUUGCAUACAUCAGGAACCACGGGGUUUCCGAAACCGAUCUCGUGGACCCAUGGUCUGGUCGGCACCAUGGAUGCUGUGCGGCUGCUUCCUCCUACCGAAGGCGACGCUGGCCUUGCUCCGUGGACAGACAAUUGGAAUGCGGGCGACAGGAUAUACUCUUCGUUCCCUAUGAGCCACGGUGCGGGUAUCAUCAUGGAUAUUCUGAUGCCUUCACUGUUCAACCUGCAUUGCAUUCUGGGGCCGUCAGGUGUCCUACCGAACCUCGGACUCAUAGAGUCCCUGGCCGACCAUGCAAAGAUUGACAUCUGGAGCAUGGUUCCAUCAUUGGUGGAUGAGCUCGGGGAGAAUCCUGAUGUGCUGGCGAAGUUCAAGCCUUCCAAGUUCAUCUGUGCUUCCGGUGGGCCCGUCAGCCCAAUUAUUGUGUCAAAGGUCAACGAAGUGAUCCGGGUCCUCAACCUGACGGGCACCACAGAAGGCUUAUUUAUCGGUAACCUCUGGGUAGAAAGAGGUGACUGGCAUUGGUUCGCAUUCCACCCCUAUUCCGGCUUCGAGUUCAAAGAGAUCCAACCCGGUGUAUUUGAGCAUUGGGUGCACCGAAAUGAGCACUGGGCAUUGUUCCAGGGCAUCUUUCAUACUUUUCCGAACCAGCAGUCUAUCAACCUCAAAGACUUGUAUAUCCGGCACCCCUCCAAACCACAUCUUUGGGCGUUCAGUGGAAGGAGUGACGACGUGGUCGUCCUCUCCAAUGGUUACAAGAUCUCACCUUUGGAGACGGAGGCAUUGGUCACAACACACCCUGCAGUCGACGGCUGCCUUCUCAUUGGGACAGGGAAGUCUCAGGCCGGUUUGCUCAUUGAGCUCAAAGACCCGUCCGCAAGGAACAACGAGCUGUUCGAUAGCAUCUGGGCCACGGUGGAGAGAGCCAACAACAUGGCUUUUCAGAAAAGCCGACUGCAAAGACAAUACAUUGCUUUUGCCGAUCCGGACAAACCCUUCAUCCGGACGGACAAAAGAACCAUCAAACGGCGCGCAACUUUGGACCUCUACGCAGAUUUUAUUGAUCGCUUCUACAGCACAAGGGACGAGGACGCGAACAGCGAAGACAUGGAUGCUUUCACGGUGGACACCAGCUCAGUCGAGACCAUCACAGACUCUAUAUGCCACAUCAUGAGUUCGAUAUUGCCUGAUGUCGAGAGUUUCCCACCCGAUGAAGACGUCUUUGAACUGGGUUUAGACUCUUUGCUUGUGUUCCGCGUGGUCAAGGCGAUUCGAGCUGCCACAGGACUUCAGGAACAGCUUGCACCACGACAUCUGUACGCAAAUCCUACUAUCGCCGAGUUCGCUGUCCAAGUUGCAAGGAUAUUGGACGAAGUCAAACCUGCCAACAAAGCGGUCGAGGACGUGACCCACGAAGCGGCUCCAAACGGCACCACAGACUCGCCGCCUGCUCGCCACGCAGAGGCCAACGUGCAAAGCAAGAUAGUCGAACAGAAGCGACGACUGGGAUUCAAGAUGAACGCGCUGGAUGCGGUCAACCCCAAUCACUACAUGGGGUUGAACUUCUACUUCGCCCUUCGGCCAGGCGUCACUUUCCAAGAAGCUUUCGCAAAGUUGCAGAAUGGUCUUGCACGUGCGUUUGAAGUCAUACCUGAACUGGAUGGGAAGAUGAUGCUCGCUUCGGAGCAUGAGUUCGGGUACAAGAAAGGCGGAUAUCGCAUCACGAUUCCGCCUCACCUAUUGCCUGCCUCUUCGAAGCCGAGACAGCUGAUCUACAAGGAUCUCUCCAAAGUGCUGCCGUCCUUUGAAAAAAUGCGACAUGCUAAUUUCGCGCCUUCCCUGUUCAAUGACAACCUGGUCCUCGACUGCCACCCUUUCCCGGAAAUGCCCGCCGACAUCUUGGUUGCCCAGGCCAACUUUGUGGAAGGGGGCUGCAUCCUGGCCACCAACUUCAUCCACACCUGUCUCGAUGGCAUCGGCGUCAUGGUCGCUCUGCGUGUCUGGGCUGAGUGCUGCAGAUACCUCGAGGGAGAUCAGACAGCAACAUGCGGGUGGUUUGAUCCCGAGAGUUUCAAUCACAGCUUACCUGAGAUCCUCCACGAAGAGGGAGGGUACGCGAAAGCUGCUCACGAGGUAGACCCUGGAGUCUGGGGAUUUCUGCCCUUCUUUCGCCCGGACGAUCCCAUUUCGGAUCACGAUCAGGUCGACCAUCUGGGUCUCCUUGAGGAAGGAAAUCACGUCAAUGGAGUCCCCAAAGCCAAUAACAAUCGCUCUCCAAAGCUGGCUCUCCCUCCGGUUCCAGUCUUCCCGCGUCAGCCUGUAUGGCCGGCUGCUCCCGCUGAGCGAUCUUUGAGCACAAGUGUGUUCUUGAUUCCUCGCGAGGGUAUACAAAAGCUCAGAGAAGAGGUUCUUGCCGAUAUGGAGGUGAAGGGGCCUGCCCCGUCCAUCAGCGACAUCGUGCAGGCACUCUUUUGGCGUGUGUCGGUCAGGUCACGAUAUCGUGUUGCCAAAGACAUCCGGGACGCAGGUUUUGGACCCGAUGACAUGUCCAUUCUGGAGCUACCGAUUGAUGGCCGGCCUUACUUCUCGCCGUUACUGCCCUCAUCCUAUAUGGGCAGUAUGCUCAUUCUCAAUCGACCCACCAUGCCGAUCGAGACGCUGUGUUCACCUGACACAAGCAUCGCGCGGAUUGCCUCCCUUAUCCGCGAAGCAGCGGCACGGAUUACUCCUUCUCUGGUUCAUGACGCAUUCACGCUUUUGAGGUCCAUGUCCGAUUACAGCAAACCUGCCACGGCGAACAUGGGCAUCGAGCAUAUGCAUGCGAUGAUCUCCAAUAUGAUGCUGUUCCAGACAAAGGAGAUUUCCUUUGGCGACGCCUUCUUUGCCGGAGGCAGUCCGGAAGCCAUGCGGCCCCAGAUCGAGCGAGGUCACCGACGUUUCCGGUUUCUGCUCAUUUCUCCAUUGAGAAAAGACGGCGGCGUGGAGCUCGUGCUGGGCACGCUGCCCGAGGAAUUGAAGAUGCUGAAGACAGAUGAGGAGUUGAUGAAGUAUGCAAAGCUCGUCGACAGCCAGAAAGAUGGUCAUGUGUAG